AUGAAAAAGGAUCCUAUAGAUGCUACUGGUACUAACGGAAGCAGAUCCUUUAACAGAGACAUUGCAGAAAUCCCACUUGCAAAUAGUGACCAUACAAUACCGAAGAAUAAUAAUGCAUUAAGAAAUAACAGCAAUCAAAGUAAUUUAAGCACUUUAAGCGGGAAAAGUUCUAACAAUCCAUUUAGAAUAAAGUUAGAAUUACAACAGCCUACUCCCUUUACACCCGAUAAUCUAGCAGAGGAACAAGAAGAACCAGAUUCGGAUUUUGAAAUUGACGAGGAUGAAUUAUUUAGUGAUGAUGAUGACAUAUUUAUCAAUAAUUUGGACCAAAGUUUUAAUGAUUUAAAUAUUUCUACCUCAUUAAAUGAUAAUAAGAUAAUUAAUGAAGGUGGCGUGCCAAACUUGAAAUACGAUUGUUUAACAACAAAUGAACUUUAUGAUAGAAUGUUACUUAGGGUUGAAAAGAUAAAACCAAUCUUGGACAUCUCAAAAGAUGACAUUAUUCUUUUAAUGCAACGUUAUAAUUGGAAUGAAGAGAAAUUAUUAGAAUCUUGGGCAGACCAAAGAGAACACAUCAUCGAAGAUGUAGGUUUAAGUUCCAAUAAUGAUGGAACAAAUAAAUUCAAAAAUAAUAACCCAUUUAGAGAUAAUAGCCUUCAAUCUAGGGAAAAUUACCUUUGUCCAAUAUGUUAUGAAGAAAAAGAUUGUACCACUUUCAAAUUGGAAUGUAAUCAUGAAUUUUGCACUGAUUGCUAUCAGCGCUAUAUUAAAAAUAAAUUAAGUGACGGGAACAUCAUCACUUGUAUGAGCUGUUCAUUAGCUUUAAAAAAUAAUGAUAUUGAUAUCAUAAUGGGUAAUAAUGAUUCAAGUAAUAUUCUCAUGAAUUCUUCAAUUAAAAGUUUUAUUCAAAAAAAUAACAAAGCAUUUAAAUGGUGUCCAUACACUGAUUGUCAAUGUAUCAUUCAUUUUAAAGAUACUUUAUAUCUAUCAGAAUUUAAACGUUUACAUUGUUCGCCAUUUGUUACGUGUAAAAAUUCUCAUAAAUUUUGCUUCUCAUGUGGUUUUGAAUCUCAUUCCCCUGCUGAUUGUGAUAUUACGAAUGCUUGGGUUAAGAAAACACGAAAUGAAAGUGAUUAUUUAAAUUGGGUUUUAUCAAAUACAAAAGAAUGUCCUAAAUGUAAUGUCAAUAUUGAGAAAAAUGGUGGCUGUAAUCAUAUGAAAUGUUCAAGUUGCAAAUAUGAAUUUUGUUGGAUUUGUGAUGGGCCAUGGGCUCCACAUGGGACAUCAUAUUAUGAAUGCACUCAAUAUAAAAAUGAAAAAGAUAAAGAUAAAGAUUCAAAUUCAUCAAAUGAUGAUAAAAAAUUGAAAAAAUUCACAUUUUAUUAUAGAAUCUUUAAUGAGCAUGAAAUGUCAGCAAAAUUAGAUUGGAAAUUAGGGCAAACAGUAAGUCAAAACGUUUAUCAAUUACAAGAAAAAUUAGGCCUUUCGUGGAUUGAAGGUCAAUUUUUAACUGAUAGUUUGAAAGUUUUAAAUGAAGGCCGUACGGCUUUGAAAUGGUCCUUUGCAGUGGCAUAUUAUUCAGACCAAUCACACAAUUUAACAAAGAUUUUUAUGGAUAAUCAAGCUUUAUUAUCGCAUGCAGUUGAGUCUUUAUCUGAAAUGUUAACAGAAAAAAAUCCAAAAAUUUUAAUGGAAAAGAAGAAUGAGUUUUUUAAUAAAACUGGGUAUGUGGAGAAUAGAAAGCAUGCGUUAUUAGAAUGUGGUAGAGAUUUAUUGUGUAAAGGUAUUUGUAAGCCAAAAUAG